AUGCUGGAAUAAAUUGAUAUGGAUAAAGUAAAAAGGUUUGAACACAUAGGUAAGCUUCUUUAUUGUUGUUUUUUUUGUAUGCUGUGUUAUUCAUUGUAGAUUGCAGGAAAGAACAUAACUUACAAUAUUUAUAGCCAAGUAUGUUACAUUGAGAUUAUCUAUUUUAGGCUAAUUUAACUUUUAUAUAUCCAAUGCAAUUUGGAAUAAGUCACUUUAUCUCUCCAUUUGCUUUGCUCUUUGUGGAUGCUAUUAUAUCAAAUUUCAGAAUGGGUUUUGUAAUAUAUUUAGGAACCUUCAAUGCUUUUACAUAUUUAUUAGGUUCAUUAAUGGUUGCAUCUUGUAGUGAAGAAUAGUAUUUUUUUUGUAAUGUACAACUCAUUUCUAAUUAGCCCUACACGUUGACAAUUACAAUAGGAAUUGAAACAUUUUUUGGAGGAAUUGCAAAUUGUAUAUUCUAUGUUUCUUAUGCUGUGUAUGCAAAUUCAUUAACUAAUUCUUAUAAUAAAUAAUUAUACCUUGGAAUAGCAUACUCUAUACUAUCAACUUGUUAAGUCUUAGGUAAUACAAUAGGUAAUAGUUAUAUUCAUUUUAGGAUAUUUAUUUUCAAAUAAGGUCUCCAUCUUUCAUUAUUAUCUAUUUCUAGUAAUUGGCAUUUUAUUUAUCUAAUUUUUUUUACUGUUUGUAAAAGAUAUUAGACCGAAAAAUUAGAGAUAAUCAUUAAUAUUUACAUAGUUAAUAAAAUAAUAAUUAGAUUAACUCAAAAUAGCAUUUUCUUAUCCUAAAUUUUAAUCAUUAAUACCAUACACACUAUUUUCCUCAAUGGUACCUUAUAAUAAAAUUAUGUAGCUCUAAGGCUGUUAUUUUAAUGUACUUCCAGUGCUUUUAAAGGGAGUUUUAGGGAAAACAGAUAAUCAAAAAUCAUUUAUAAUGUUCUUCUUUGGAGGAGUAGGAUCUCUAUUAGGAGGCUUUAUAAGUGGUAGAAUUGGGCAUUGGACAAGUUUAUUUAAUGUUGCAUGGCUUCAAACAUUCUUAGUUUGUGUAUUUUGUGUUUAAUCUUUGUAUUCUUAUGCUGAUAAGAUUUUAUUCAUGACCUAUACAAGUGGAUUAAAUUUAGGAUUAACAUAUUCAGGAUUGGAAGCAUUGCAUGCUAUGAUGAUAGCAAAAUUAAUAAAUAAAGAAAACUACUAUUAUGUAGCCAAUAGUGCUGUUUGUGUAUAACUAUAAAUAAUAAUAAUUAGAGUCUAGCAUCAACUCUUAUAUCUGUUGUGUUUAUUUUUUUGAGUAAAACCACAUUUAUGUAUUAUCUGUACUUUAUGGUCAUAUUGAUUUUCUUUAAUAUCACAUUUCUAGUAAUUUCAUAAAGAAAGUUCAAAAGUAUGAAAAAAAUUAGUCUUAUUAAUACAGAAUAAACAGAUUCGUUAACUAAAGAGUGA